CUAGGGAUCGAACCCUGGGAUCUGCAGCAGCUACUGCUAACUGGUGAAUACCGUUUCACUCCCGCCGUCCUAAAUUCGAGGUCCUUCGAGAAGAAUUCAGUCCAAGGCAGGACCUUUACCUUUCUGUUCUCUUUCGUAGGCUCUGACUAUAUCGGGAGCUGUCUCUAGAAGUUCUGAUCUUGUAAACCAGCGGUCAUCCUCCGGUUCCUGAUAUGCAAAGCGGACCUUGUACUGUUUCUGAGGACGACCUCGACCUCCUGUUCUAAACACAUCCUCCUCUACAAUUCCCUCUAUGUCAUAGCUCCCAUCCAUAUCCGAAGGGAUCAUGGAUCUUCUAGAAGGGAACUGUUGGCUUGUAACACAUGGCAACAACUUUGAAGCAUGGAACACAGGAUAUGUGUGGAGGUGUACUGGGAUCUGUAUAGUGUAUGAUGGUCCAUCCUCUCCGCCCUUGACUUCUGCGAGAUGUUUUCUUCAGGCGCGAACUCCUUUGCCUUGACCCAGACUAAGUCGGCUACCUGAAACUGCGACGGUCGGCGGUGCUUAUCAGCUUGCUCUAUCAUUCUAUGCUGGGCCUUUCUGAGAUUCUCAACAACAGUUGCUAAUUCUUUCCUGUGUUGUACCACAAAUUCCCUGGUACCGGGCGGUAGUCUGUGAAUCUGAUCCCAGUUCAGUCCUUCGAACGGUCUGCGCGGUCUAAAGGACAUCUGCAGCUCAUUGGGAGUGUGGCAGGUGGAUAGAUGUACGCUGUUGUUGUAGGCACUAGCUACCUUAGGCAACAUCUCAUCCCAGUUGAUCUGAUCUGGUCUAAUGUACAUGCGCAGAACUUGCUGUAGGAUCUUGUUCAUCUGUUCUGUCUGGCCGUUGGUCUCUGGAUGACGGCCAGAUGACAUUAACAACUUGGAUCCGUACACUCUCAUGAGUUCUUGCCUUGGAGCCAGGAUGUAGCUUUGAGUGCUAUGCGGUCAGGGUUUAGGGAUUUUGCGCGCGAGAUCGUCACCCACAUUGGGGGCGAAGUAAAACAGUUGAGGGACAACGUAGGAAAGUUUUGUGAGGGCGCCAUCGAGGGUGCCAAAGCCAUAGCCGCAGUAGAGGGCGAGGCCAGACCUCGCAAGGACCCAGUUAAGCUCAAAUUCCCGGAUGCCUAUGGAGGGAAGAAGGAGGAGAACUUUGACAACUGGGAAGCCAGUGUCAAUAGUUAUAUCUAUCUACAGCACAUCCUACCAGAGGAACAAGUCCUCGUGGCCUUCCAGGCCCUGAAGGAUGAAGCGGCUAGUUUCGCUAGGUCCCUUGCGCGCGCAGCUGGUUGUGAGAACAACCUGGUUGCUUACUCUAAAGUCACCCCCCUUCCUCAAUUCCUCAAGCUCCUGAAGGAGCGGUUUGCAGACCCAACGAGAGGCGUUCGUGCCUCUGAUAAGCUGCAAACAAUCCACUCACGACAGUGGAGAGGUACCAUGGACGACUUGGUAGCCAUCCCGGACCAUGGGGUCACUGAGCCCCAGUUGGUUCAGUUAUUCUAUCGUCCCAUAUCGGAGGCCCUGCGUGGGCGUUUCUUUGACAAGUCUCAACAGGCCGGAAUCACAUAUGAUGCAUUGAGUAGAGAAGUCGUCCUGUAUGAGUCAAAGUCCAUGCCAGUUACCACCUUCUGGCACAAGGACCUGGAGAAGGGGAAAGGGUGGAAAGGGCGUACCAUCUUUGGCCAAGUCAAGGCCAAGGAUCACAUGAUCCUUACCUUAGAGGAAGGUGGUACUGACGAGGUCCCAUACAGUCAGAUUGAGUGGGGCCUAGAGGAGGAGGACAGUAGUGUGGGACAGGGGAGAUCUUAUGCUGCUGUCGUGGUUGGAGGGAGGCCGCAAGGUAGAGAAGGAGGUCAGGGCCAAAGGGGCCAGGCCAUGGGAGGUCGAGGACCGGACGCACAGGGGGUUGGCGGCCAAGGAAACCGCCAAGUGGGAGGUCCGUUGGGCUGCCCAGCAGUCAAAAGGCAGCCGCAAGUAGGGGCAGCAACUGCCCCUACUUCAAGGCCAUGUGGAGAAGUGAGCGCGCACGAACAGGACACUCCCAACCCACAUGAGCCUAUGGCAGAGGUUGCAGGCCCGUGCCUAGCCAGCUGUCCAGAGACCGCUUGUGUUAGCGUCUCUUUAGGCACGUCCCUCACAGGUGUGGCAGGAGAGUUAAAGGAGAGGAUGACAACCUGGGCCAAGAUGAAGAAAGAGAGUAAAGGACAGUUGAUCCUGGUAGAUGUAGAAGUUUUUAGAAGUAGAGUAGGAGCCCUUAUAGACUCAGGGGCCACUCGCAGUUAUAUCAGCCGUAGGGCGUUGAAGAAGCUGAAGCUAGGAUUGAAAGUUCAGAAAUUGGCAGACCUUAUAGUCAGUGUCCUCGCAGACAACCGCACGAUGCGAGUAGAGGACUAUGUAGAGGGAGUCCAGGCGAACUUUCGCCUAGAAAAGGAUGGGAAGGUGGAGAAAGUUCUCCAUUCCCUGACUCUCCUCGUACAGGAUGACCUUCCUUUUGAUGUAGUGUUAGGAAUGGAUUGGGGAGAGGCAACCGGGGCCACACUUCAUUUGAGAGAGCAUGAGUGUAGGCUCCCUAGCCCAUCAGGCGAGGUUAAGACUGCCCGCCUGUGUCAUGUGUCAGGUGUAGACAACACCUUGGCACAUUGCUGUCUCAGUGCUCCCGCGUUCGCGCGAUUAGUAAAUGAGCGAUUAGAAGAGAAGGUCUUUGUAGUUUAUGUUCGACCUGUCACUGAGGCCCAGGAAGAGGAUAGUUCCACAAAUCCAACCAUUGCCAAGCUGCUGGAAGACUUCAAAGAUUUAACUGAGUCGCCGACAGGAGUAGUGUCGCGACUCAUCCAGCACAGGAUAGAGAUAGAGCCUGACAGUAGAACUCCUAAGGGUGCAGUCUACAGGAUGUCCCCUAAAGAGUUAGAGGAGUUUCGCAGGCAAUUAGACACGAGCUCCUCGAAAAAGGUUUUGGAGAAGCUACGAGAGGCUAACUUCAAGAUCAACGCGAAGAAGUGCGAGUGGGCCAAGACACAAGUCUUGUACUUGGGCCACGUUUUAGACGGAGAUGGCAUUAAGCCAGAGGACAGUAAGAUAGCGGCGAUUAGAGAUUGGCCGACGCCCCGCACAUUGACAGAGUUACGGUCGUUCCUAGGCCUAGCUAACUACUACAGGAAGUUCGUGAGGAACUUCUCCACUAUCGCCGCUCCCUUGCGCAGAUUGCUGAAGAAAGAGGCAAUCUGGCAAUUGGACAAAGACUGUACGUCUGCGCUCAAGAAGUUAAAGCGCGCGUUAAUAGAGUAUCCUGUCCUCAAAGUUGCAGAUCCGUCUUUGCCAUUUGUCGUCACCAUGGUGCGCGAGUCGGUAUGGGAUAGGCGCCGUGUUACAGCAAGACGACAACAAUGGCUAUAGACCCGUAGAGUUCAUGUCAGCGAGGAUGCCCUGUGAGAAGGUCGCUACCUCCACGUACGAGAGAGAACUCUACGGUCUCAGGCAGGCUUUAGACCAUUGGAAGCACUACCUGCUUGGGAGGCAGUUCAAAGUGUAUUCAGACCAUGAAACGCUUAGAUGGCUAAAGACCCAGGCCAAGAUGACACCUAAGUUGACUAGGUGGGCCGCAGAGAUAGACCAAUUCGACUUUGAGCUCAAGCCAAAGAAAGGCAAGUACAACGUAGGUGCGGAUGCUCUAAGUAGGAGAUCAGACUACUUUGGAGCCGUAGUACACUAUCUGGAUAUAGGGAGAGACCUGCAGGAGAAAGUGAAGCAAGCGUAUGCACAGGACCCUAUUUAUAGCGACCUCCUAAAGAGAGUUCGGGAGGCCCCAGAGACUGAACCAGAUUACCGCACUACAAAUGGGUUGUUGUUUGAGAAGACUAAUGUGUUUGACCGCCUGUGCGUUCCCAACAGCGAAGAGAUCCGUAGUUUAACCUUAGGGGAAUGCCACGAUACGGAGGGACAUUUCGGUUGGCAAAAGACAUUAGCCAAUCUAAUGUGUGCGUAUACCUGGCCAGGAAUGAAGAAUAACUGCAUAG